GAGAUCCCUUUAUCCGUACAUCACUUCACGAAACUCUUCAUGUCAUUAACAUCGUUGAUUGUCCAAAGAGACUUCAACGUAAAUCUCCAACUUUCCAUACUUCCCCGUACAGAUGCAUAGCAAUACAUCGAGGUUGCCACUUCGAUAAUACAAGAAGGGCUUCGCAAACCAUGCCGCCCCUCACAUUCCUUGACCUCCCAGGCGAAAUUCGUAACCACAUCUACCACUUGCUCCUCAUCAUCCCACCCAUAUCAACACCCCGUCGUCUAGGAAGUGAUCCACACAUAUAUCCACAAAUUCUAUCAGUCUGUCGAAAAGUCCACGAUGAAGCCGAACAAAUCCUUUACGGUGGCAAUGUCUUCAUAGCACAUCCCAAUCUCCUUACGGGACUACCGCGCUUGCGUUGGAAAUAUGAUACUAUCAGCUCCUCCAAAUUGAUCUCUAUCGUCAAAAAAUACUAUAUAAUUGUACGACUGGAUUGCGAUCCGAACUUCUCCGCGAAGAAAGCAGAAGAUGCUUUUAGCGGAGUGGACGAAUUGACAAUAAGGGUUGAGCAAUCUACAUUUCGGGGAUCAGAUUAUAAGGUUCUGAGACUCUUUGAGGGUGUGCGAGGAGUGAAGAAAGUAAGGAUUUAUGGGAGUGUGACUGGCUUUCCUGCAUAUGUUGAAUGGUUGCAGGGAGUGAUGAUGAUGCCAAAGAAUCUUGAUGUUGCUCUGCUUCAAAGCGAGAAGGGUAAUAUCAUCGGCGAGAUUUAGGAUGGAAGUCGAGAUGCUCGGUCUCAUUUGUACUCCCUAGACUUCAUCUGGAAUUCAAGAGUUGUAUCAAAAAUGGGCAGCCCGGGGUUGAAUCCUCAACA